CCAUCCCUCGAAUAGAGCCAGGCAAAGCUGGGGAGGAAGCAGCAGUGGCAGCCACCAGCAUGGUCUACUUAACCUUACAGAAAUCCCAGAAGUUGUUGGCAAGCUCCCGGCAAGUUCACAAAACCGCUGCUCAUGUGGUGGCUAGGAGCUCUCCAGAGGAGACCGUGACUAGCAGCUUUGCCUCCUUCAUCCACGCAGUUCGACCCGAACAUUUGUCUAAGAUAGUUCGUCACAGAAGCAAAAGGAUGAUCCUCGACAGCAUCGGGGUUGGCCUCAUGGGCAGCACAACGCAUGUAUUCGAUCUCGCUCUGCAGUACUGCCGGGAGCUGUACUCUUCAGUCGCUGUGAGCUCUGUCUAUGGCAAGCCAGGUAUAAAGCUCUCACCAACACUGGCUGCUUUCACCAAUGGAGUUGCGACCCACUCCAUGGACUUUGAUGACACUUGGCACCCUGCUACUCACCCGUCAGGGGCUGUUCUGCCAGCCCUCCUGGCAGCUUCCCAGAUGAUACCUCCAAGCACCAAACCCAAUGGCAUGGAUUUCCUGCUGGCAUUUAAUGUGGGCCUAGAAGUGCAAGGAAGGCUCAUGCAUUUCUCCACUGAAGCUCACAACAUUCCCAAAAGGUUCCACCCUCCCUCAGUGGUUGGUACUAUGGGCAGUGCUGCGGCCACUGCAAAACUCCUGUCUCUCAGCACAGCCCAGUGUGCACACGCUUUGGGCAUCGCUGCAUCGCUGGCAGGGGCGCCCAUGGCAAACGCCGCCACCCAAGCCAAGCCAUUGCAUAUUGGAAAUGCCACUCGCCUGGGCUUUGAAGCAGCGCUGCUGGCUGCCCGAGGGAUGGAGGCUAACCCCUUAAUCCUGGAUGAUAUCCCUGGUUGCUCUGGAUUCAGUGCGUUCUACAGUGUCUAUCAACCCAAACCACUGUCCACACCAAGUGACCAUCAUGAGUUCCUCUUGGAGAAGCAGGAUAUUGCUUUCAAGCGCUUCCCUGCCCAUCUGGGGAUGCACUGGGUGGUGGAUGCUGCCUUGUCUGUCAGGAACCUCUUCAUCAACUAUGCAGGGUCUUUCUCCCCUUCUUUGAUCCGCACCAUUGUGCUGAAGAUACCAGUGUCAAAGUAUAUCAAUCGGCCUUUCCCGAGCUCUGAACACCAGGCAAGGCACUCCUUCCAAUUCAAUGCCUGUACAGCCUUGCUGGAUGGUGAAGUGGGCCUCAGCUCCUUCACAGAGAGCAGCAUCCACCGGCAGGAGCUGAGGGAGCUGCUGGACAAAGUGGUGGUGGAGCAUCCUGAAGAUAACAUAGCCAACUUUGACAAGAUGUAUGGAGAAGUGGCACUGCUCCUGCACAGUGGGGAUGUCCUGACAGGCAAGUGUGACACUUUCUAUGGGCACUGGAGGAAGCCUCUGAGCAAAGAAUCACUCUUGAAGAAGUUCUGCUCCAAUGCCUCUCAUGUGCUUCCAGAAGAGAAAAUACAAACCAUCAUCACCAUGGUGGACAACCUGGAGGACCUCUCAGACAGUUCCCAGCUGGCCUGCAACCUGUGAGGGAACAGCAAGUGGAUUUUUUUUUAAUAAGGGACUUGUCUGGGUGAAAAUCUUAUUCCUUUCUCCACUGGUGCUUUACUAUUCAUUUCCAAUGACAGGAAAGUCUCCCACUCCUUGAAGUCAAAGUAGGCGCUUUAAUACCAAAGAGGAUCACAAGGCAGGAGGUGCAUCUGUGUCAGUAAUCAGUACACAGACUCAAUUUCAGCCCACAAUCAAUGCUGUCUGAGUGGCUGAAAGGCCACUACUGGUAUAAAACAUCUCGCAUGGAAAUCUAUGAGGAUCCUGGGUGUCACUUGGAAGCUGGUUCCCCAGAAGGAAACAUGUCUAGGUGCUUUUUAAAGCUGCAAAGUUUUUGGUGCAGAACACUGAGUCUGGGAAGAAUUGGAAGCUCAGCUGCAAAAUGUGUGCUUUUCUUAGUGCUCUACUGGACACUCGUCGGAUCGUGGUUGGCCUGAUGAAAAAUCUCUCGGUUACUGUGACCGGCUCUGCCUGCAAAAUUCCCAGUAAAAGCUUCACAUUUCUCCAGUACUUGGGAAGCGCUUGUCACUUCUCCAUGUACAAGAGGUGGUUCAAGGACCCUUAAAAUGUCUGUUCUGAAGGAAAGGCAAUUUGUAGGUGAGGAAUCCAACAUCUGGUCCUACAUCUCCUUCAAGGUGAUCCCUGUCGAUCCUAGGGCUGUGCCACAUCAUCCCUCUUGGCUUUGCGUAGAAUAAGGUACCUAUUCUGAGCUGGCUCAAACAGAGGUAGUCUCUACAGUCCAUGCAGGGAUGGGCACCUCUGGAUGGUGACUUGGGCAUAUACAUGCUAUGAUUCACAUUGGGAAACUCCUGCUCCUCUCCCCUGAGAGGAGGGAAAGCUUAUUGAGAUUCAGUUCUCGACUCAUCAUUGCAGCUGGGAUGAAACCAGUACUUGUGCCCCUUAGUAGCCGUUUAGUGAAAGGCUUUGUUACCUUGCAUUGUUUCUGAGAAGUGAGAAGGAUAACUACGCAGUAUCCCUUUGUCCAUCAAACAAGCACUGUGCCUGCUGAUCCAAAGGAUUCCUUUCCAAUAUGAUGAUGAUCUAGGUACAGAACCUGUUGUAGAAGUGAGGAUUGCCUUCUGAAGGGGGACCAAGAUGGGACUGGACGGUCAAAAGGAAUGUGGGCCUGUUCCCUUUUAGCUUGCAGGCAGAGAACUGCCUGGCCAGAGGGAAUCUCUUUGCCCACCUGUUAGCCCACUCUCUCAGUCUA